AUGACAAUCGGUGCCUUUUCAGAGUGGCGCAAACUGCCUCUUAAUAUCAGUGAAUUAUGCAUUAACACGACUCUACGAUGUGGGCAGUCAUUUCGAUGGCACAAAGUCCCAGAUCGUGACGAAUGGCGCUGUGUGCUUUACGGCCGUCUUGUAUCCCUAAAACAAGACCCAACUCAUCUCCACUACAGAACCUACGUCAAUUCCACUGCUCCCUCGGCCGCAACAAGCGGUACCGACUCCGAAGACACAACCCUGGCUAUAAUAAAGCAUUACUUCAACCUGAACUCAAACCUAACAACUUUAUACGCCCAAUGGUCCUCGUCAGACCCGAACUUUCGCAAGAAAGCUUCCCACUUCACAGGCAUCCGCAUCCUCCGCCAGGACGCCUGGGAAGCCCUCAUCUCGUUCAUCUGCAGCAGUAACAACAACAUUGCACGCAUCGGACAAAUGGUUGAGAAACUAUGUUUGAAUUACGGUGUGCAUGUCGCCGACAUUGAUGGUCGUGCGUAUCAUGACUUUCCGCCACCCGAGCGCUUAGCGGAGGAGGGGGAAGUUGAGGCCAAGCUGAGGAGUUUGGGAUUUGGCUACCGCGCAAAGUAUAUCUACAAAACAGCUGUUAUUGUUGCGAAGGAACGAGAGAAAGGGUGGUUAAAUUCGUUGCGAAAUCCCGAGGCUCCUGCCUUUGGCUUGGCGGACGCUGCUCCUACUGAGGAUGGGGAAAUGCCACCUGAGGGAAGACGUGGGUACCGGGAGGCGCAUGAGAAAUUGCUUGAGUUACAGGGGGUUGGGCCAAAGGUUGCAGACUGUGUGGCUUUGAUGGGACUGGGCUGGGGAGAGUCCGUUCCGGUCGAUACUCAUGUAUGGCAAAUCGCGCAACGAGAUUACAAGUUCGGCAAGGGAUCGCACAAAUCACUCACGAAGGCUACAUAUGAUGCUGUCGCCAAUCAUUUCCGCAAACUCUGGGGCAAAGAGGCUGGCUGGGCCCAUAGUGUGCUGUUUACAGCUGAUUUGAGGACGUUCUCGGAUCGGCUAGUUGCAUCGACUAAACAGGAGAAGGUUGAUGUGAAGGUGAAGGAGGAAGAGGAGAACGGGACAAAAAUAACCGCAACCACGACGGUUACAAAUGUUGCGUUGAAGAGAGACGCAGAUGAAGACAAAAUCAAACUUGAACCAGAUGACAAGAGAAUCAAGGUUGCGCCAGAGCCUGCGACUAGCACGAGGAGAACCUCGAGACGACUUCGACGAUAA